UUUUUUGGUAAAUUUAAUAUGCCAAAAGGUGAAAACAUGGAUUGCGGUGCUAAUCUCAUUUGUUCUAAUGACAUUCCUUCAAUACAAACAGAAUCUAGACAACGCCAAAUACUUUCUAAUAAGAUCAAUAAUUAUUAUGAAUCUGAAAAUUAUUCUUCCGAUCAGAACUGUAUGGAAAGAAUGUACCUCUUUCUGGAUGAAUUAGGUUCUGGUGGUUUCGGGAAGGUUAAAUUGGCAAAGCAUAUCCUCACAGGGGACCAAGUUGCGAUUAAAAUUAUUGAUAAGAAGAGCAUUCCUAAUGAUUUACCGCGAGUAUUCAGCGAAAUGGAAGCCUUAAAGCUGUUGGCGCACCAGAAUAUUUGCCGUCUAUUCCAGUUCCGCGAAACGGAAGACAGGUUUUAUAUUGUGAUGGAGUAUUGCAAUGGUGGAGAGAUGUUUGAUUAUAUUGUUCGCAAAGAGCGGCUUGGGGAAUCUGAGGCACGCCAUUUCUUUAGACAGUUUACUGGUUCAAGGAGUGGCAUACAUUCAUUCAAUGGGUUUGUUGUGAUUUCAAUGGUUUGUUUAAAAAAUUUAGGUUUUGCUCAUCGAGAUUUAAAACCUGAAAAUUUGUUGUUGACCCAAGAGCUCCAAUUAAAGGUGAUUGAUUUCGGGCUUUGUGCAAGACCUUUAAAUGGUUUGACUAGGCCACUUGAAACUUGUUGUGGUUCCCCUGCCUAUGCUGCGCCCGAACUUAUCCAGAAUCAAUCCUAUUUUGGGAACGAAGCCGAUAUCUGGUCAAUGGGUGUUUUGUUGUAUGCAUUGCUCUGUGGUACCUUGCCCUUUGGUUUGAAAGCGUUUUUUACUAAUUAAA